UACUGAGAACACAGUCAAGUAGGAAGCCACUCCCUCUACAUACUGAAAACUCAGCCCAGUAGGAAGCCACUCCCUGUCCUCUGGUGUAGAGUUCCAUGAAACAGAAAGUAAUCUUUGACACUGAACAGAAAGUCAUCUUCGACACUGCCAUUGCUUAACCUACGGGAGAGAGCACCAAAAUGGCAGAGAAUCAGGAACUGUUCUGUUGCUCCAUCUGUCUGGAUCUACUGAAGGAUCCGGUGACUACUGCCUGUGGACACAGUUACUGUAUUGGCUGUAUUAAAGAAAGCUGGGAUCAGGAUGUUCUGAAAGGGGUCUACAGCUGUCCACAGUGCAGACAGACCUUUACCCCAAGACCUGUACUGAAGAGAAACAUCGUGCUGGCUGAAGUGGUGGAGAAACUGAAGAAGACAGGACUACAGGCUGCUCCCCCUCCUGCUCUGUGCUAUGCUGGACCUGGAGAUGUGGCGUGUGAUUUCUGCACUGGGGCCAGAAAGCAGAAAGCCCUCAUGUCCUGUCUGGUGUGUCUGGCCUCUUACUGUGAGACUCACCUCCAACCUCACUAUGAAUUUCCUGCUAUCAAAAAGCACAAGCUGGUCAAAGCCACCGCACAACUACAGGAGAAGAUCUGCUCUCAUCAUGACAAACUGCUGGAGGUUUACUGUCGUACCGAUAAGCAGUGUAUCUGUCUGCUGUGUACAAUGGAUGAACAUAAAGGCCAUGAUACAGUGUCAGCUGCAGCAGAGAGGACUGAGAAACAGAGGCAGCUGGGGAUGAGUCAGCAGAAGGUCCAGCAGAGAUUCCAGGAGAGAGAGAAGGAGCUGAAAGAGCUCCAACAGGCUGUGGAGUCUCUCAAGCACUCUGCACAGGCAGCAGUGGAGGACAUUGAUAAUAUAUUUACUGAGCUGAUCUGCUCCAUUGAGAGAAGGAGCUCUGAGGUGAAGGAGCUGAUCAGAGCCCAAGAGAAGGCUCAAGUGAAUCAAGCUGAAGGACUCCUGGAACAAGUGGAACAGGAGAUAGCAGAGCUGAGGAAGAGAAGCACUGAGCUGGAGCAGCUCUCACACACAGAGGAUCACAUCCAUUUCCUCCAGAGUUAUCAGUCUCUCUCCAGUAUCAGUGUAUCUUCAGACUUACCCAGCAUCGUUGUCAGUCCUCUUCAGUACUUUGGAGAUGUGAGUAAGACUGUGUCUGAACUGAGAGAGAAACUAGAAGACUUCCUUAAAGGAGAAUGGAACAAGAUCUCCACUACAGUGAAUAUAGUGGAUGUUGUACUACCUCCAGAGCCCAAGACCAGAGAACAGUUGUUACAAUAUUCCUGUCAGCUCACACUGGACCCCAAAACAGUAUACACACGCCUCUCUCUGUCUGAAGGGAACAGAAAGGUGACCUAUACAGCCCAACCCCAACCAUAUCCUGACCAUCCGGACAGAUUCACAAACCAUUGUCAGGUUCUGUGUAGAGAGGGUCUGUCUGGACACUGUUACUGGGAGGUGGAGUGGAGUGGGGAUGUUGAUACAGCAGUCUCCUAUAAAGAUGUCAGCAGAACAGAGAGAGAUGGUGGAUUUGGAGACAAUAAAAAGUCCUGGAGUUUAGAGUGCUCUAGUGGUGGUUAUUGUUUCAUACACAAUAAUGUUGUGACUAAAGUAUCAGGCCCUCAGUCCUCCAGAGUAGGAGUGUACCUGGAUCACAAGGCAGGUACUCUGUCCUUCUACAGUGUCUCUGACACAAUGACCCUCCUCCACAGAGUCCAGACCACAUUCACUCAGUCCCUCUAUCCUGGGUUUUAUCUCUAUAGUUAUAAUGAUACUGCUGAGCUGGUUAAACUGUAGUAGGGUUCCCAAAGAUACUAGUCAUGCUGGUGGUGAUGGUCCCCAGAUAUAAUCCCCGGAUGUGAUGAUUCAUUCUGCUCUGAUCUUCAGAAGAUGUUAUGCAUUCAUAUUUCAUAAAUUGCAUUGUUCAUUUCCAUUAAUCAUGAUGUAUGGUGUUGAUGUAUAUUGUUGGUCAUUCAGAACCAUUAUUUUUUCUCAAUUGGGUUUCUGUAGUUUUACUCAGUGGAACAGAUAGUAACUAAACAAUAUGGUCUUGUUUCCUGGACACAGAUUAAGCCUAAAGAGAAUGUUCAAUGGAGAUUAACCAGCCCUAAUUUUAUCCACCUGGUGGUGCUAUUGACCAAACAAUAAAACCAGCAGAUAUCUUGAUUUGCCACUCAGUAUAUCAGUAAUGUUCAGAAUAGUACUUUAAUAGGACUUUCUAUUUUGAUUAGGUCGGGGUGUGACUAGGGUGGGUAAUCUAGGGUGUUUAUUUCUGUUGGCCUGGUAUGGUUCGCAAUCAGAGGCAGCUGUUUAUCGUUGUCUCUGAUUGGGGAUCAUAUUUAGGCAGCCAUUUCCCCACUGUGUUUUGUGGGAUCUUGUUUUUGUGUAGUUGCCUGUGAACACUCCAUUGUCAUCACGUUUUGUUUGUUCUUUAUUGUUUUGUGCGUUUCACUUCAAUAAAUAUGUGGAACCCA